AUGGCGAUGGAAAGGUUGAGAAGGGCUGCUGAAGCAGGAGAUAUCGAUGAAUUGUAUAACAGUAUUGGGGAAGAUGCAGAUGUCUUGAGGCGCUAUGAUGAUGCAGAAUUUGCUGAUACUCCACUACACGUAGCUGCAGAGAGGGGCCAUGCUGAUUUUGCAAUAGCGAUCAUGUACUUAAAGCCAUCAUUUGCUAGGAAGCUGAACCAAGGCGGCUUUAGCCCCAUUCACCUUGCCUUGCAACAAGGGCACACGUCGACGGUUUCUCGUCUCCUGGACGUUGACAAAGAUCUUGUUCGCGUAAAAGGGAAGCAGGGCUACACUGCUUUUCACUACGUGGUUGAGAACGAGAACCUUGAACUUUUGGCUCAAUUUCUCAAAGAUUGUCCGGCAUGCAUCGAAGAUGUAACAAUUCAAAAGAAGACUGCCUUACAUAUUGCAGCAGAAAAACAUAGAUUUGAAGCUCUUGAAAUCCUUGUGCGGUGGCUUGAAAGGACUCAUCUCUACGGCAAAGUUUCAAGAAAGCACCUAUUGAAUGCAAAAGAUACAGAUGGCAACACGAUGAUCAGGCUGUUAUUAGAUUGUAUGGUGGAUACGAAGGCGGUUAAUUCAGAAAAUUUGACUGCUUUAAACGUCCUUGGGCGCCAAAGGGAUGGUGUAAUUGAAGACAAAGAAAUCAGUUUGAAGAUUCUACACGAUGCGGAAGGUUCUGCUGGUUUGAGUGCUUUAUUCAAACCUAAUCCUAAAGCUGAACCCUUACACGAGAAGUUUAGAUCAAGGAUCACAUUUCCCGAGAAAGCAGCAAUUCGAGCAUUGGGGCCAAUCAUGAACAUGUCGGUUGAGAGUAUGAAUGCAUUCCUAGUAGCGUUAGCACUGAUUAUAACAGCCACUUUUGAAUCCUUACUCAGUCCACCGGGCGGUGUUUGGCAAGGCAACGAUCCCAAUGGCACUAGGGUUAGCAAUUCAGUUAUGGAUGUGAAUACCUUUUUAAAUUUCUUCGGGAGUCUCUUUUGUUUGGCUUUUAUGUCAUUCUCUCUUACCAUUGCCAUACUCCAACUUGCUACUGGUAGUAGUGUUAUCGCGAUUCUGGCUGAAGUACUAAUG